CCCGAAGGAAGGCGGAUAUUCCCGAAGUCUGGGAAGAUCCAAACUUCGUCCUUGUGGCGCACUGACCGCGGACGCACAGAAUGACAACGCUGGUGAUUUUACUCUUGUGACCCAAUCUGGCAGCCUUUUGCCUUAAGCAUGCUAACUCUUCUAGCCAGAACGAUGACCCAGGCGGGCCGGGCGAAGCCGGCGCUGCUGGCGCGUCCGGUGGGGGUGGUGGCGGAGUGGAAGCGGCCGGUGGUCCAGCAGGAGGGGCUGCCCCGGCUGCCGGUGCCGCCGCUGAAGCAGACGUGCGAGCGCUACCUGGCCGCGCUGGAGCCGCUGCUCUGCCCCGAGGAGAUGGAGCACACGCGCAAACUCGUCAACGACUUCCUCACGUCCGGCGUCGGACACCGCCUGCAGAAGGGCCUGGAGAGACGCGCCGGCAAGACAGAGAACUGGCUGACCGAUUGGUGGAUGCAGUCGGCCUACCUGGACUCACGCAUGCCCGUGGCAGUGUACACCAGUCCAGGUGUGGUCUUACCCAGAAUGCACUUCCAGGAUCGGCAAGGGCAAAUGAGGUUUGCAGCUAAGCUGAUAGCUGGAGUGCUCUCUUUCAAGAAGUUUCUAGAUAAUGAGACGCUGCCCGUGCAGCACCUGGGCGGGAAGCCGCUGUGCAUGGAUCAGUACUACCACGUCCUGUCGUCCUGCCGCAUCCCCGGACCCAAGAGGGACACCGUCGUCAACUACGCCAUCGGCAUGACUCCGCCCACUCACAUCACCGUGGUGCACAACUUUCAGUUCUUCAUCCUGGACGUGUAUAACAGUGAUGGCACCCCCCUGACGGUGGAUCAGCUGUACAUUCAGCUGGAGAAGAUCUGGAACUCGUCCCUGCAGACCAACAAGGAGCCCAUCGGCAUCCUCACCUCCCAGCACCGCAACACCUGGGGCAAGGCCUACAAUAACCUCAUCAAAGAUAAGACUAAUAAAGAGUCUGUGCGGGCGAUCCAGAAGAGCAUAUUCACCGUGUGCCUGGACGCCCCGCUGCCCAGCGUGUCUGACCAGCUGUACUACAGCCGGGUGGCCGCCCAGAUGCUGCACGGCGGGGGCAGUCGCUGGAACAGUGGCAACCGCUGGUUUGAUAAGACCCUGCAGUUCAUCAUUGGAGAGGACGGCUCGUGUGGACUCAUCUAUGAGCAUGCACCAACAGAGGGUCCUCCCAUCAUGUAUCUGGUGGACUAUGUGGUCGAGUACAUGAAGAGGUCCCCGACCCAGAUGGUCCGUACUCCCAUGAUCCCGCUGCCGAUGCCCCACAAGCUCCGCUUCAACAUCACCCCCGAGAUCAAGAAGGACAUCGAGAAGGCCAAGCAGAAUAUGAACAUCAUGGUCCAUGAUCUGGACGUGAGGGCGUUUAUAUUUUCCGAGUUUGGGAAAGAAGUCCUUAAAGCCAACAAGAUGAGUCCAGAUGGCUUCAUCCAGAUGGCCAUGCAGUUGGCCUACUACAGAAUGUAUAAGGAAUGCUGCUCCACCUAUGAGAGUUCAUCCCUGAGGAUGUUUAAGCUGGGCCGAACGGAAACAAUCCGCUCCACCUCCGUAGACUCGUUCGCAUUUGUUAAAGCCAUGGACGACCCAGCCAAACAGAACUCUGAGAAAGUGGCCCUACUGGUGAAGGCCAUCAAAUCCCACAGAACUUAUGCUGACCAGGCUAUUCAUGGACAGGCCAUUGACCGGCACCUGCUGGGUCUGAAGAUGAUAGCCAUUGAGGACCUCACCUCCCUCCCUGAGCUCUUUAUGGACACGGCCUACGCUGUGGCUAUGCACUAUAACCUCUAUACCAGUCAGGUGGGCUCCAAGACAGACUGCCUGAUGUGCCUGGGUCCGAUCGUUCCGGAUGGCUACGGCGUGUGCUACAACCCCAUGGCCAGCCACAUCAACCUCAGUGUGACGGCCUUCAACAGCUGCGAGGAGACCAACGCCACCAGGUUCUCCCAGUCCCUGGAGGAGGCGUUGCAGGACAUGAGGAAGAUGCUGUAGUAGCCCACGGCAACGUCCAGACCCAGCGACUGUAGCCCAUGGCUACGUUCAGGCCCAGCGACUGAGGACUGUGAGGGACGCAUGGCACGCAUGUCCCGGAAUAAGCUAACAGACUCGAAACUAGGCCUACCAGAGCAGGGAAACACCCUCUUACACUCACACACACACACACACACACACACACGCACAGGUACACACACACACACACACACACACACACACACACACACACACACACGGGUACACACACUCACAUACACACACACAGAGGCACACACACACACACACACACACACACACACACACACAUAUAUAUGUUAGGGGGAACUCUGUACUCUUGUCGGACUUGGCCAAGAUUUGCUUGUUUCUUAAGUGUCCCACCACGUCCCACGUGACAGAAUUGGGUGAUAGGCGGUCAGCCUGUUCCAGUAGGAGGGUGACAUAACAAAGGUUGCCUUGGCGACUAUCUCCCUUAGUGCUCUAACCCAGCUCUAACUGGCUAGUGAGUAAUGACCAGAGGCUGGGGCUGAGAGCCAAACGCUCCGAUGUGUGUAUCCCAGAAGUGUGUGUGUGUCCCCGAGGAGCUCUAUGUACUAAAGUGGUGUGAACUGCUGACACUUGCUUCGGCAGACACAGGACAGCCAAACUCCAGCCACUCAGGUCGUUUAUUUAAAAAAAAAAAAAAAACCUUUGUGUUGUACAGACAACACCCUUUGUUGUGUUCGAACAUAUUUAAAGUCUUUGUGUUGUCUUAAGAAUGCUAUUUACAGUGUUUGUUUUGGAGUUCUUGCCUGCUGACGACCAUGUUACUGCGAAGUCUUUGACUUUGACUCUAUUUGACCAAGUGCUCCAACUUCUACUGCAGACUCCACUAGGAGACGCAGCAGUAUAAAGCUCCCUGUGCCUUCGCUACGGUUUCUUAUACCAGAGUUGCUACAUGUAGUAACUCCAUUCUGUCUGAAAUGGAAACUUAUUUCAUGAAGAGAGAGAUAUAACAUUUGUAUCACUUUGAAAUAAACAAUUAAGCAUCA